AUGGCUUCCUCUCUGCAACUCCCUACGUCUGCUUUUGAACUCUCCACAAGGAUUUGUCGUCGCAGAAGAACAAUUCGCCGCCCGCAAUCCAAUCUCCAAAACGGAGGAGAGAAUCGGCCUCAUCGUCGCAGUUUUCGGUUUAGGUGUGAUGAAGACGAGAAUGUGAUACUGGUGGAGAGAUACGGCAAUGGUACUGCUAAGAGGUUUGUUGUGGAUGAUGACUUGCAAUUACGAACUUUUCUUGAGGAACAUAGUCAUAGACCAAUAUCUAAAAACUCAGAAAGAUCAGAAUUCUCCAACACAUUUUUGGAUUGGAUUCCGGAUAUUAUCAGAGACUUUGUUUUACCUGCAGGGUUCCCAGGAUCCGUGUCAGAUGAUUAUUUGCAGUACAUGUUGUUACAGUUUCCUACCAAUGUUACUGCAUGGAUAUGUCACACAUUGGUCACGUCGAGUCUCUUAAAGGCUGUUGGUGUUGGCUUAUUCUCAGGAAGUACUGCGGCUGCUUCUGCUGCUGCCAUCAGAUGGGUAUCAAAGGAUGGCAUUGGAGCUGUUGGGCGCUUAUUCAUCGGUGGCCGAUUUGGAAAUCUCUUUGAUGAUGAUCCAAAACAAUGGCGUUUGUAUGCUGACUUUAUUGGAAGUGCCGGAAGCAUUUUUGAUCUUGCAACGCCACUAUAUCCUGCCUAUUUCCUGCCACUGGCAUCCAUUGGGAAUCUUGCAAAGGCUGUGGCAAGAGGGCUGAAAGAUCCUUCAUUUCGCGUGAUACAAAAUCAUUUUGCAAUCUCAGGAAAUCUGGGAGAGGUGGCUGCAAAGGAGGAAGUUUGGGAAGUAGCUGCUCAGCUGCUUGGCCUUGCUUUGGGCAUACUUAUACUGGAUACACCCAGCCUUGUACGGGCAUACCCUGUUCUAGCUCUUACAUGGUUUGGGAUGAGGCUUCUGCACCUUUGGCUACGUUAUCAAUCACUUUCAGUUCUACAGUUUAACAUAAUAAAUCUUAAGCGUGCCCGUAUACUAGUAAAAUCACAUGUAUUACAUUCUACGGUUCCAGGAUAUGUUGAUUGCAAUAAGGAAGAAAAUAUAUUAUUGUGGCAAAGAUUCAUGAAGCCACGAAUUGUUUUUGGCGUGCCUUUGGAAGAAUUUAUGGGUGCUGUUGCUGAGAGAUCUGUUUCCACGUUGAAGUCGCUUCUGAAACUAUAUGAGAAGGAGAAAUAUAUUCUUGUGGUGAACCAACAAGAAAGGGACUUUGAGGUCUUUGUUUCAUUCAAGGUCGGGGCGAGUAGUGUCUCGGUCUUGCGAAGUGUGUGGCAGACUUAUUGGCUACAUGAGAACUGGAACCGUCAAGAUAAUGCCUUGGACCAGAUAGCACGCAGCCUGUCAAAGAUGGAAGAUAGCUAUGAGGACUUCAUCCAACAGCUAAAUCAGACUGGAUGGGAUAUAAAUGAAAUCAAACUUAAAGUUCCUAAGGAAGUCUUAAUCUACCAAAUGGAUCCUGUUUGAUUGCUCGAAAGUCUUUCAAAAUGUCUUUGUGAUCGGUUUGGGACUGAGUUUUUACUCCGUGCCUUUUGAAAGGUGGUCCGAUAUGGCUGGAUCGAUACAGAUUGCAAAGAUACUAACCAUCGAAGUGCUGCUAUCAGUACGGAUUCCCAUGUGCCAGUGUUCAACAAUGUAGUAGCUGGGCUUGCAAGGUUAUUUGGGAUGAUAAUGAUCUGCUUACAAGGACUUGGGCAUUGCAUUCAUGAAGAGUUGGUUGUAGUAGUUUCUGACUUUUAAAUGGACUUUUGCAUUACCAUUAACGGCAUUUAUGUUUUGCCAAUUUGGAUUGUACCCCUUAACAGAAGAAGAGGUGUCCAACGAGAGGAAAAGAAAAGGAUUUGUCCUUUUUAAUUCACAGGUCUACGACUCUACUCUCCCAAAGGAUUCUUAUCUUGGGAAGACAAAACAUCAUGGAUUUGA